UUCUUAGAGGAAAAUACACGGUGACAUAACCAAGAGAACACAAAAGGGUUUUAGGGUUUUAAGCUUUUUAGGGUUUCUGUGAGAAUGGCUGAGGAGAGUGGACAGAGGGCUAAGGGAACCGUCAAGUGGUUCAGUGACCAAAAAGGUUUUGGUUUCAUCACUCCCGAUGACGGCGGCGAAGAUCUGUUCGUUCACCAGUCAGGUAUCAGAUCUGAGGGUUUCCGUAGCCUAGCUGAAGGGGAAACCGUUGAGUUCGAAGUUGAGUCUGGAGGUGACGGCCGUACAAAGGCUGUUGAUGUUACCGGCCCUGAUGGUGCGGCCGUUCAAGGUGGUCGUGGCGGCGGCGGUGGCGGCGGCGGUCGCGGUGGUGGUGGUUAUGGAGGCGGCAGUGGUGGAUACGGUGGAGGUGGCCGUGGUGGUAGCCGUGGAUAUGGUGGCGGUGACGGAGGCUAUGGUGGUGGAGGCGGCUACGGUGGAGGUAGCC